GUUAUCUUCUUCCCUUGAGUAAAGGAAAGCCGAAAAGCGUGAAAAUGGCAAGAACCAAGCAGACCGCCCGUAAGUCCACCGGAGGAAAAGCUCCCAGGAAGCAGCUGGCCACCAAAGCCGCCCGUAAGAGCGCCCCGGCCACCGGCGGAGUGAAGAAGCCCCAUCGUUACAGGCCCGGCACCGUGGCUCUGAGGGAGAUCCGUCGUUACCAGAAGUCUACCGAGCUGCUGAUCCGCAAGCUGCCCUUCCAGCGCCUGGUCCGUGAGAUCGCUCAGGACUUCAAGACCGACCUGCGCUUCCAGAGCUCCGCUGUCAUGGCUCUGCAGGAGUCCAGCGAGGCUUACCUGGUCGGCCUCUUCGAGGACACCAACCUCUGCGCCAUCCACGCCAAGAGGGUCACCAUCAUGCCCAAAGACAUCCAGCUGGCCCGUCGUAUCCGUGGAGAGAGAGCAUAAACACCCCAUCACCCGCUAAACAAAACCACAAAGGCUCUUUUAAG